AUGAGAGCUUAUAUCCUUCCCGCGGCCCCAGGCCAGAACAGCGGAGCCCGGAGCCCGGCCCAAGCCGGCCCCUCGUUGCCUAAGUACUACGAUGAAUCUUCGAUUCUGUGGAAGAGUAAGUUAAACGUUCUUCUCCUAUCGAACGUGGCGCUCGGGUCACCUGCACGAAGCGCCGCGAUCGCGCGGAGAGAUCGGGCCUUCUCUGGGGCUCGCCGACCCGACCGGCGCCAGUGCGGCUGCUGUAGAGAGCCCACCCACAACGCCGAGCCCUUGCCGAGCCCUCGGAGCUGGGCGGGCUGGCGCACCCAGGCCGGCCUCGUGGCGGCGCAGUUCCUGGGCUGGGGCGGCCGUCGGCCGGAACAUGCGCAGGGUUCGCCAUGCUCUGCGCGGAACCCAGGCACCCUCCAGGUAGGUAACGGGACCCCAUCCAUCCGCCUGCAGUCCCGGAGCCGCUGCCUCCUCCCCAGCCGCCCGCCCAUCUCGGAGGUGGAGGUACGCCCGGCGCUGCCCAGCCAAGUCCGGUUCCUCUUCGGAAUCUUGACCCUGCGCUCCACCUCGCGCUCCGCGCGGGUCCUGGAGCCUGACAGCGCGGAAGGGACCCUGAUGUCCUCGGGUUGUUGGGAGCCUGCUCAGAGGUGA